GCGUUCUGAAAUACCGGCCAGUGAUACAAAAGAGAAAUGAAGAAUGGCGAACGCGAUGGAGCAACAAAGAUACGGACUGCUCGUAGAUUGCAUAUGUUUUUGGAACGCACCUAAAAUAAUAAUCUCGAUGGGUUUGCCCCCUGCCUGAUCCUUUGAAACUUAGAAACCAGUUCGCGCCAAAAAUGUAGAAUUCAGUGUUGAACCUCGAGGUUAUAAGUUUAGUAUCAAACGCACGGACAUGUACGAAUUUUAUUUAUUUAUUUAAAACGAACUUCAUCAAUCAAAGGCAAAACACACAAUGUUUAUUCAAAAUAAAAACAAGUUUCGCACACCCAAAGCGCCUUCCAACACCAACCAACAGUUCGGUCAAGAACCAAACGUACCGAGAGAGGAUUCAGCAGAGGGCCGUUUACGACAGUCGAUAGAAAAUGAUAGAAUCGAUGAAUUAUAUGGCUUUGUCAGAGUUAACGAUAGUAAGGAGCGCACAGGUUUUCUGCUGAACAUGCAUUCUACCGAGGUGAUAGAGGAUGAUAAGCGUUUAGUAAGUGCAGUCGAUUAUUACUUUAUGGAAGAGGAUGGGACAAGAUUUAAAAUAUCCCUGCCGUAUAAUCCUUAUUUUUAUGUGCUAUGCAAAAAGGAUACUUUGCAAGAAGUGGCAACUUUUUUGCAAAAAAAGUACCCUGGAUUUUUGGCUAAAGUUUACCCAUUGACAAAAGAAGACUUGGAUCUGCCGAAUCACCUAAUUGGGCUGAAACAGAAGUACUUGAAAUUAACUUUUACUAACAUGACUGACCUUGUCAAAGUACGGCGUGAAAUAAUGUCUGCUGUUAAAAAGAAUAAGGAACGUGAGAAGAGCCACACAUAUUACACAGAAAUGUUGGCUAGUUCAUUGAAUGUACGUGACCACAACCCUGUAAAGAAUUUAACCGACCAUAUGGAUAACAUUCUUGAUAUUCGUGAGUACGAUGUACCUUUUCACGUGAGGGUAUCCAUAGAUGUUAAAGUGUUUGUUGGAAAAUGGUAUACAGUAAAAUCACGCCAUACUGAACCACCUAUCAUCAUAUGCAGGGAUGAUAUUAUCGAAAGACCAGACCCUAUAGUCUUGGCAUACGAUAUUGAGACAACUAAAUUACCUUUAAAGUUUCCCGAUGUCAAUACAGAUCAAAUAAUGAUGAUUUCGUACAUGAUUGAUGGUCAGGGAUACUUGAUUACGAACAGAGAAAUCAUAUCGAAAGAUAUAGAGAGCUUUGAGUAUACUCCAAAACCAGAAUUUGAAGGAUUUUUUACCAUUUAUAACGAGCCAAACGAAGAGGCUGUUAUCAGAAAGUUUUUUGCUCACAUCAACGAUGUCAAACCCCAUAUUUUUGUCACAUAUAACGGAGACUUCUUCGAUUGGCCUUUUGUUGAAACCAGAGCAGCCAUACAUAAUAUAGACAUGAAAAAAAAAAUUGGUUUCUCUAAAAAUAGAGAUGGAGUUUAUACUUGUCGCCCAGCUAUGCAUAUGGAUUGUUUAUGUUGGGUAAAGAGAGAUUCGUACCUUCCUGUGGGAUCACAAAACUUGAAAGCUGUAGCUAAAGCAAAGUUGAGAUAUGAUCCGGUUGAGUUGGACCCUGAAGAAAUGUGUAGAAUGGCGUGUGAGCAGCCACACGUUCUCGCCAAUUAUUCAGUGUCAGAUGCUGUCGCCACUUACUACCUUUAUUUGAAAUACGUGCAUCCUUUUAUUUUUGCAUUGUGUACUAUUAUCCCAAUGGAACCAGAUGAGGUCCUGAGGAAAGGAUCUGGGACACUUUGCGAAUCGCUCCUUAUGGUUGAAGCAUUUCAUGCCAAUAUUAUAUUUCCAAAUAAGCAAGAAACACAGUUGAAUAAACUAACAGCAGACGGACACGUCUUGGAUCAAGAGACCUACGUAGGAGGUCACGUCGAAGCUCUUGAAUCUGGUGUAUUUAGAGCUGACAUUCCAUGUCGGUUUAAAAUGGUCCCAGAAGCGUUUAACAAACUGAUUGACGGCGUGGAAAAAGCUCUGAAACAUACUAUAGAAGAAGAAGAAAAGAUACCCCUAGAGAAAGUUACAAAUUUUGACGAAGUUGUCGAGAAGAUUAAAGUCAAAUUGAGAGCACUCAGGGAUCAGCCUCUGAGAAUGGAGAAUCCGGUGAUCUAUCACUUGGACGUUGGAGCCAUGUAUCCAAACAUAAUUUUAACCAAUCGUCUACAGCCAUCGGCGAUGGUUGAUGAAACUGUUUGCGCUGCCUGUGAUUACAAUAAAUUGAAUGCUGUUUGUCAAAGAAAUAUGACUUGGAUGUGGAGAGGAGAACACACGCCAGCAAGUCUGAGCGAGUUUCAAAGAAUACAGCAACAAUUGGAAAUAGAGAAAUUUCCACCGCUGUUCCCCGGUGGACCUCAAAGAGCUUUUCAUCAACUUUCUAAAGAAGAUCAGGCAAUGUACGAGAAGAAACGGCUGACUGAAUAUUGCCGAAAAGCUUACAAGAAAACCAAGAUAACGAGGAUGGAGGAAAGGACACAAACAGUAUGUCAGAAAGAGAAUUCUUUCUACGUGGAUACAGUCAGGGCGUUCAGAGACAGACGAUACGAAUAUAAGGCUCUGACGAAAGUUUCAAAGCAACAAGUCUCCGCUGCUGUAGCUAAGGGCGAUGCUGGUGAAAUUAAGUCUGCUAAAAACCGGGAAAUUUUGUACGACUCUUUACAGCUUGCUCAUAAAUGUAUAUUGAAUUCUUUCUAUGGAUACGUUAUGCGAAAAGGAUCUCGAUGGUAUAGUAUGGAAAUGGGUGGCAUUGUAUGUUAUACUGGGGCUCAUAUCAUUAAGAAAGCUAGAGAGAUAAUUGAACAAGUAGGACGCCCCUUGGAACUGGACACUGAUGGUAUUUGGUGCGUUUUACCUGCUUCUUUUCCUGACAAUGAAAUCAUCACAACAACGGAUCAAAAGAAAUCAAAAAUCACAAUAUCAUACCCGAAUGCAGUGCUCAAUUUCAUGGUCAAGGAGGAAUUUACUAAUCAUGCUUAUCACGAUUUGGUUGACUCAGAAAAUUUGGUGUAUGAGGUCCGAAGUGAAAAUUCGAUAUUCUUCGAAGUUGAUGGUCCUUACUUAGCAAUGGUUUUGCCAGCUUCAAAGGAGGAAGGAAAAAAGCUCAAGAAACGUUACGCUGUUUUCAACUUUGACGGUUCGCUGGCUGAAUUGAAAGGUUUUGAAGUAAAACGACGAGGGGAGCUUCAGUUGGUCAAAAUAUUUCAGUCCUCUGUAUUUGAAUCGUUUCUAAAAGGUGACACCUUGGAGAAAUGUUACGCUUCGGUGGCUAAAAUUGCUGAUCACUGGCUCGAAGUUCUUUAUACCAAGGGUGCGAAUAUGCCUGAUACAGAGUUGUUUGAUCUAAUUUCGGAAAAUAGAUCUAUGUCGCGUAAACUAGAGGAAUACGGUGCACAGAAAUCAACUUCAAUUUCGACAGCUAAACGAUUAGCUGAAUUCUUAGGUGAUCAGAUGGUCAAGGAUGCAGGUCUUGCCUGCAAAUUUAUCAUAUCAAGAAAACCUGAGGGUGCACCUGUUACAGAAAGAGCCAUUCCGUUAGCCAUUUUCCAAUCUGAUCCUAAUGUUAAAAGGUAUUAUUUGCGAAAGUGGCUUAAGGACCCAUCGAUUCAAAAUGCAGACAUAAGAGAUGUGUUAGACUGGAAUUACUACAUUGAAAGAUUGGGAAGUACAAUUCAAAAGAUCAUCACAAUACCUGCAGCAAUGCAAGGGGUUGCAAAUCCCGUUCCAAGAGUAAAGCAUCCUGACUGGUUGCACAAGAAGAUGCUGGAAAAGGAUGACGUUCUUAAACAGAGACGUAUCAAUGAAAUGUUUGUUAUACAACCAAAGAAAGUCGCUACUCCUGAUUCCGACGAUGAAUCAGACAGUCAUGAUGAAGAUGAGAUUAGAGACAUAGAAGAUAUAGCAGGUGGUUCAGAUGUUUUCAAGAAGCCAGUGGCGAUGGUGAAUAAGAGAAAGAGAGCUGCUUUGCAAGAUGAACAUGAAAAUAAUGUAAAUAAGAGCUGGAAAGAAGUCCUCGGCUCACCUCCUCCGUUGGGAAACACGAUAGAAGAAAAGCAGGCCUGGAUUCAGUAUCAGAAAAAGAAAUGGGCUUAUCAGGCGAAUCAGAGGAACGAUCGUCGGAAGUCAAAGAGAAGUAAAGUAACGGAGGAAAUCUCUCCGCCAGCAAGUUACGCCGGUGUGGUAAGAAAUGCUAAUACUAGUACAAUGGGUGGGUUCCUACGUCGAGCGCAAAGGGCAUUGUUCGAUACUCCCUGGCAGAUAAUUGAAAUAGCAGAAACGACUGAACCUGGUUUGUUCAGGUUGUGGGCGUUAGUGGGUCAAGAGCUGCAACAACUGCGGUUGAUAGUUCCUCGCAUAUUUUAUGUAAACUCUCGCAAAGUCAGACCGGAUCCGACUGUGGAAGACCUGUGGAGGAAGUGUUCAAGGAUACUACCUCGUUCUCGAAUCGUAUACAAUUUGUAUCAGUACUCUGUACCGGAAAGUAACUAUAAGAAACACGGUCCGGAACUUAUGGCAGAUCUAUCAUGCCCCAACAUAGAAGGAAUUUAUGAAACUCAAAUGCCGUUACAGUUUAGAGCUAUAUUGCAACUGGGAUGUAUUUGCGUCGUCGAUCGAUCAGCGGCAGCUGACAUAAAGACUGGAACGGAUACUUUUCAUCUUAAUCAACUGCAGUUCAAAAGCAUUGCCACCCAACCGUAUCUCGAGCGAAAGCAAGUACUGAAACAUAUAUUUUUGUACCAUCACUGGUCUGCUGUCGGUCAGAAAGCAAUGUGGGGUCUUUUUCUAGCUCCGACUAAAAGGGCUUACAUCUUUGUUCUUGACUCCGUUAGGACAAAUCAAAUGCCAAAUAUGAACACGUUGUAUGUCUCUGAAAGAAAUAACUUACUGAAUAGCGAUAUACAGAACUAUGUCAAGAGUUUACCCGACGAGAUCCAGUUCAAUGUCAGGGUCGAAACGGACUUGAAACAGGUUCAGCGUUUGGUACAAAGCGCGCUCCAGGCCUAUAAAAACGAGAAGAAAGGGCCAACAUUACUCGCGAUUCAAUCACCAAUCGAUAUUUCCGUAUUGUCACGGCAAAUGCCGGUCUUGACUGAAUUCCCAAUGGUUAAUACGCACAUACAAGAUAUGGAAAAUUUGUACAGUACUUUGGACUGGCAAAGAGUAGGUGCGAAAGCCAUGAUUCGCCACUAUCUGAAGUCGGACCAAAUCCUUGACCUUAUGAUUCAACAGUGCCGUUACUUUCAUGCUCCAAUUGGCAAUCUACCGGCGGAUCCAACAAUAUUUGGUGCAGACUUAUUUUACGCCAGACACUUGCAGAAACACAAUUUCGUUUUAUGGUGUUCACCUACUGAAAGGCCCGAUUUAGGAGGUAGCGAAAAUGAUGAUAAUAGGUUGUUAACUGAUUUUGAGGAGAGCUCGAGUUGCGCGGCCAACAAUGCAGGCACUUAUUCCAGUACUUGCGUCGAGCUGGAUGUUGAAAGUUUAGCAGUAAAUACACUGCUCCAAUGUCAUCGUGUCAACGAUAUAGAAGGAACCAGCACGUUUGUCGCCUUUGACAAUAUGCCUCAAGCUUCCCUGCAGGAAAUAGUCUCCGGAGGAGCCGGAAUAACGGCAAUUCCAAGUUACGAUGAGACCGCUCUUUGCAGUGCAGCAUUCAAGGUUCUUAAGACGAUGGUAAAUUCCUGGUUGCGAGACAUAUCAGAGUACCGAAACGUGUUUGCUGAUUAUCAGGUGAUUCACUUCUAUCGUUGGCUCAGAUCACCUAGUGCGUUACUAUACGAUCCGGCGCUGCGCAGGACACUCCAUAACUUGAUGAAAAAAUUGUUCAUUCAACUUGUCGCGGAGUUCAGAAGGCUCGGCUCGAUCAUCAUAUUUGCUAACUUUAAUAAAAUCAUUUUAUGCACAAAAAAGAGGCUGAUAUCAGAUGCUCUCGGGUAUGUUGAAUUCGUUGUAAAGUCCAUUAAGAAUAAGGAACUGUUUCACAGCAUCGAAAUAACUUACCAACAGUGUUGGGAGUAUCUGAUUUGGCUAGAUUUACCAAAUCACGCUGGCGUGAAGGGGAAGAUUCCGGACGAGUUGAGGGGUAACCAGUAUGUUCCUGACACAGAGCCGGAUGAAGAGGAUGACGAUGAUGGGCCAGAGAUAAUAAUGAAUUGGAAUCUCAUUGAGUAUUUACCAGAAGAGGCGGCGUGCCAGGCAAGCUUCAACGCGAUCGUAGCUGGAUACAUAAGUGCAGUUUAUCAGCACAUGAGUGAAAGCGAAUCAUCCGAUGCGACGCCAAGACGUAGAAAAAGGAAAAACAGCAGCCUCAGUCAAACGUUAACUGCACCGCUUGGACUUGGAGCUCUUGAGAGCACAGCCGAGUUUGCCAAGAAAAUAAUAUCCAGUGAAAUGUCGCACAAACUGUUUCAAAUAGUGCAAAAGAUUCACAAGAAACUGCCGGAGAAGAUUUUAACACGUGAGGAGAAUCCCUAUCUUGAUUUCGGCGAUGCCGAAUCAAAGAAAAUUAAUCCAGCUCUCGAACUGGUCAAAUCUAUAUGCAAGGUUUUAUCCUUGGACAAAGAAGUCGAAGCAGAAGUACAUAUUUUGAAAAGAAAUUUAUUGCGUUUAAUAGGAGUAGGGAAUUUCGGUGACAGUGCGGAAUGGAGCGAUCCCUGUGUGUCCUUCACUUUGCCCGAAGUGAUAUGCAAAGCUUGCUAUCACACUCGUGAUAUCGAUUUAUGCAAGGAUAACGAUCGCGCGUUCGAGAAUAAUAGGCACGUGUGGAAAUGUCCGCUCUGUGAAACCAGCUAUGAUAAUGCGGAGAUUGAAUUUUCGCUUAUAGAUACGCUAAACAGAAAGUGUAUGGGAUAUAUACUGCAAGACUUACAAUGUGUGAAAUGUAAUCAAAUAAAAAGAGAAAACAUGAAUGAAUAUUGCACCUGCGCAGGGCAGUACAGAACUCUCAUUUCGAAACGUGAGCUUGUAAGAUUCGCAAAGACGGCCAAAUCAAUAGCUAUUAAAUUUGGAAUGCCUAUUCUCGCAGAGACUGUUCAAAACACUCAUCUAAUAACAAGUUGAACGGUAAUAACUGAUCGUUUAUCUUUAAUACACUUUCACUUUGUAAACAAAAUUUUUACGACUGUGAAUACAUU